GGCUGUGGUGGCAGCCGGCCGCCUCCCCGCACCGGGAAUGACUAGGGGAACCUCAGCUUCAUCUUUACUCUUCCGAGAGCAGUCCUUUCUCUGUGCAGCUGGAGAGACCCGUGAGCAGAGCUGGGCCCAGGUUCUUAAGAGUCCGUGUGGGGAGUGGGCUCUCAGGUGCUUCUGGGUUCGAGCUGAGCAGGCCUACACAGACGGGGGUGCAUCUGUACCAGCCAGAACUUCCAGCCCCUACCCUUCUUUGUCUCAUCAGUGUGUUAAGUGCAAUGACCCAUUGAAGAGUAAACCCAUUCCACCUAAUCAGUUCAGGGCUUAUCCAAGCACUGCCUCCCUCCCCCUCUGUCCAAGUUGCCUGGAUCACAAGCUCAGCUUGAGAGGGAAGGCCUUGGGUUGAGGGCUUGUGAUCAGAAAAACUGAAGAUGGAAGCUUUGGUCGGUACUGAUGUGUAUUAGAUGCGAAUGAAUCCUCACCCUGUGUCCUGAGCCUGAGUCAUUUUUCUUCUUCCAGUCGCCCUGCCCACACGCACUUAUCCCAGACAUGACAACAUGCAGACUGACAGUCCCAGCUCCCACCCUAAAGAUCAUCCCACCAACACCACCAGACGGGGGCCCAAGGGCAGUGCCUGGUGCCGCUCCCAUCUGCUGUCUCCCCUUCUCUCCUGCAAUUGGUUUGUACUCAUUGGGCUGUGCUCUCUUCCCCUGUUUACUUGAUGUAUGGAAAUAAAUGUCCUUUUUCUCCUG